AAGUUUUGUUUCUCAUCAAAGCUGAGUCCCCUCUAUAGUGCCCAAACAUCCACCUGUCCCUCUGUGUUGGUGUGUUGUACCAGAGGGCAGUGCUGUUUAAAGUGCUUUACUGUGCUAGAGUGUGUGAAUAUCCUCAGCAUUCCCCGUUCGGCAGUAAUAUAGGUGCAAAACACAACCUUGGAAACCUCCCUUAUAUUCGCCUUCAGUUAUGAACUCUCUACCGGCUUACUCAGGAGCUAGAAUAUCUGGCUGUUGGACUCUAAGAUCCGAUGGCAGUGGAGGUGGCGAAGGAUCACUGGACCGGCUCCUCCCCUCAGUAAGCACAGGUCUUUCUCCCAGGAAAAGGACCACCAGCCAGUGCAAGUCUGAGCCUCCUCUCCUGCGCACCUCCAAACGAACCAUCUACACCGCUGGCCGCCCACCAUGGUACAACGAACAUGGAACGCAGUCCAAAGAGGCCUUUGUCAUCGGUCUGUGCGGUGGCAGUGCCUCAGGAAAGACGACAGUAGCAAGGAAAAUCAUCGAAGCUCUGGAUGUUCCAUGGGUUGUCCUGCUCUCAAUGGACUCUUUCUACAAGGUCCUGUCCCCUGAUGAGCAGACUCUGGCGGCCAGUAACGACUACAACUUUGACCACCCGGAUGCCUUUGACUUUGAUCUGCUCACACACACCCUGCGCAAACUCAAACAGGGCAAGAGCGUGAAAAUCCCUGUGUAUGAUUUCACAACCCAUGGCAGACAGAAGGAAUGGAAAACCGUGUAUGGAGCAAGUGUUAUCAUCUUCGAGGGAAUCAUGGCCUUCACAGAUAAAAAGCUUCUGCAGUUGCUUGACAUGAAGAUAUUUGUGGACACUGACUCUGACAUUCGGCUGGUGCGGCGCUUGAGGAGAGAUAUUUCGGACAGAGGCCGAGACAUCGAGGGUGUCAUCAAGCAGUACAACAAGUUUGUCAAGCCAGCAUUCGAGCAGUACAUCGAGCCCACCAUGCGUCUGGCUGAUAUUGUGGUGCCACGUGGUGGUGGAAACAUGGUGGCCAUAGAUCUGAUCGUGCAGCACGUCCACAGUCAGCUAGAAGAGCGCGAGCUCAGCGUCAGGGCAGCCUUGGCCUCUGCACACCAGGCCCAGCCCCUCCCCCAGACCCUGAGUGUUCUGGAGAGCACACCCCAGGUCAGGGGCAUGCACACCAUCAUCAGAAACAAGGAAACCAGCCGAGACGAGUUCAUCUUCUACUCCAAGAGGUUGAUGCGUCUGUUGAUUGAGCGGGCGCUCUCCUUCCUCCCCUCACAGGUCCACAUAGUCCAGACGCCCCAAGGAGAGGAUUAUGAAGGCAGAAGUUUCCAUGGGAAGAGGAUCACAGGGGUUUCCAUCCUCAGAGCUGGGGAGACAAUGGAGCCAGCUCUGAGGGCCGUGUGCAAAGAUGUACGCAUAGGCAAGAUCCUCAUCCAGACCAACCAAGACACAGGAGAACCAGAGCUUCAUUACCUGCGUCUACCUAAAGACAUCGGUGAAGAUCACGUGAUUCUGAUGGACUGCACUGUGUCGACCGGAGCUGCUGCCAUGAUGGCUGUUCGAGUCCUACUAGACCAUGAUGUUCAAGAAGACAAGAUCCUGCUGGUGUCUCUGCUGAUGGCUGAAAUGGGAGUCCAUUCUGUGGCGUACGCGUUCCCACAGGUCAAAAUCAUCACCACUGCUGUAGACAAGAAGGUCAAUGACCUCUUCCACAUCAUACCUGGCAUUGGCAACUUUGGGGAUCGAUACUUUGGAACAGACGCCCCUCCUGACUGGAGUGACGAAGAGAUGGAUGAGCCCAGUUACUGAUUACAUUUUUGGCAUUGCAGUAACCUCUUGGAAGACCCAAGGACUGUGCUCCUCAGAAGACCAUAUAGAACAAACUUCUUGCUUUUUGCAGGGCCUCAACACGUGUCCGCUAAGGGCACCCUGAAAAAUAAACUCAAAAACAAGACAAAUGCAAUGCUCAUGUACCGUCACUUUGCUGAACUUUCAAACCCAUCUUGUAAAUUCUGUUGCUGAAAGUUGUGCUGUAAAUUCUGAGAUAUUUUUAUAUGUACAGUAUGAGUGGAAAAAGUUUUAUUUGAGUGUUUAAAUUGUGACAAUCUGUGUUGAAGUUUGAAGGCGCUUUAUUUUGAAAGGAUACAUCUAGCCUUGAGGGCUUGAGCUGUGGCCGACACAACUGAAUGUGAAUCCGCACGUGCAAGGAAGGAGGAAAAAAAAUAUCACGCUUGUGAAUUUAUUUUCUACCACAUACCUUUCUUAUAACUUUAACAAAAGUUAAACUGUAACUCGAACUCGUGUUGCUCAACAUCCAUCGCCAUGAGCACUUUCUGAAGGACUAUUCAAUCGGAAAAUGUGUAGGUGUAACUUCUUUUUUUUUUUUCUAAGCUCUCUGGUUCACCUUUUUUCCCUCUCAGUUGAUGCUGACCUAACCAGAUAAAAUGGGUGUUAAAAGCCGUUUUUUAUUAUACAGCUUUAAGUAUGCACUUGUGGUAUGCAGCAUGUUCUUCAUUUACAUAUUUUAGCUAUGGAGAGAUGUGACCAGUCAGCAGGCGAGUCAGACAUCUUUUUACUGCUUUGAAAAGUGGGCCAAUGCAUUUAACCAACGCAGAUUAUUUCCGUUUCACACACUCUGGUUUUCUUUUUUUUUUUUAAUUUUAUCUGUUUUUUAAAGGACUGUGGAGUUGUGAAUGCAUAUGAUUAGUGCCUGAUAUUUUUACUCAGUGUCAGUAUUGAGAUAUGUCUGUUAAUGUUGGUGCCUUUUUGAACAUUGCCUUACAUUUAUACAAACAGUUUGCCAGAUGUUUAGUGCCACCCCACGAUAUCAAUCCAUAUGGUUGUUUGUAUUUAUGAGGCAUCAGAAGGAGUUGCAUAAAGAGUUUAUCAUCAUUAUGUAACACACAUUUAAGCUACAUGAAUUUUAAGCUCUCUUCUAUAUCAUUUUAUUUGCUCUUAAAUGGGUAUUUAGAAAAUAUGUGUCAUACAACAAGAGAUGCAAAACAUAAAGGGAAGAAAAUAAGUUGAAACUGCAACUUGUAGCUGUUACUACUGUAGUAAACACCUUUAUUUUCCAUUCAGUCAGCUGCUGCUGUACACUUUGUGCUUACUGCUCUUUAAAACUGUUAGUGAGUCACUGUACUGGAGUCCAUUGAUUGUGUUUGCAGCCUGUGUGCUGCUUUGUGUUUACCACCUCUGCCGCAUGUUUUUUUUUUUUUACAUACAUAUUUAAUAAAAGU